AUGCGAUGCUUUUUACUUAUUUUUAUGUUUCGGGUUGUCACUUGUUUACGUUCUAAUCUAAAACUUGAACAUGAUAAUAACAGCAAAGCGCAUUUGCCUGUAAUGUUCGACGAAAAUAAUUAUUGGAAUACGGGAGAUAUACCUAUACUUAAUAGAAAGGUGUUCAAGGGCAAGCGAGUGACAAUCCGGGAACACCCUUACAUAGCGAGUAUUCGGCGGAACAUAAUGCAUUAUUCGGUAGCGACUGUCCUUACUAAAAACUUGUUCGUAACUGUGGCACAUCCUUUGAUCAACGUCCCACUUGAUCAGUUGGGAAUAGUGGUGGGUGAAAACUACGCGGACCGAGGAGCCUCCUUGCUGACUGUGUUGCUGGUGAUCAUUCACGAGGCCUUCGACAAGUACACCUUGGCAGCUGACAUCGCCCUGCUAAGAGUCUACGAAGAUGUGGCUUUCAGGUAUAGAUUACUGUUUCAGGUAUAUUAUAUUACAGCUUUAUUUAACUUACUCCGUUUGUUUGUUUGUGUUAAAUCUAGUGACUGA